GGUCCCUCCUUUGAUGUGAACAGCCAACACCCACCCCUUCCUCUCUCUCUCUCCUGCUCCUCCUCCCUUUGCCUCCUCUCUUCUUCCACCCCCAACCCUUCCUUUUUGCCCUAUCUGAUAGGGUUUUCACACGCCUUGGAGCCUCCGCCCCUCUGAUGCAUUCGUGCCCUCGGGAGACAUACGCCGCCGUUUUGGUCUCGAUCGUUGCCGGGUCCCUAUUUUUUGCUCUCCUCGGAGAGUUCUUGGGUGCGAGUCGGUGCAAAUUUGACCUCUCGGGGUUUUUUGGGCCUUACCCAUGUCGAAGGUCUACGGAUUUCCUGGUAAGAGAGACUUUUUCCGCGGGGAUUCAAUAUGCUCGAACCCCAAAGAGCCUAGCCUCUUUUUGUCCCUCGGUCGCCGCGUCGAUGUUUACUUCCCUCCAAACAAGAAAUCCCGCGUCAGUGCUCCGAUUGUUUUCAGAGAGAACCUUGUUGAGCCUAAGGUUGUCUCCGUCGAAGUUCUUCCCGAUGAGUGCCUCUUCGAGAUCCUUAGAAGGUUGCCCGGGAACCAAGAGAGGAGUGCUUGCGCUUGCGUCUCGAAGCGAUGGCUCAAUCUUCUGAGUAACAUUCGUAGGGAUGAACUUAAUGCGGACGAGGUUGUCCUGAGGACUGUUGGAGAGACAGUCAAGGAAGAAGAGAAGGAGGAAACUCAGACAGAGAGCGAGAGUGAUGGAUAUCUCUCACGGAUCCUUGAAGGGAAAAAGGCCACAGAUACCCGCCUCGCUGCAAUCUCUGUAGGAACUGCUGCUCGUGGAGGGCUUGGCAAACUCCUUGUUAGGGGAAGCAAUACAACUCGCGGGGUCACAGAUAUCGGUCUACGUGCUGUUGCUCGAGGAUGCCCGAACCUCCAGGUUCUUUCCCUGUGGAAUGUCCCUUGCAUUGGGGACGAGGGCUUGGUUGAGAUUGCCAAGGGUUGUCCCCAUCUUGAGAAGCUUGACAUCCGUCACUGCCAUUCGAUCACUGACCGCUGCCUGGUUGCCCUUGCCAAGGGUUGCCCAAACCUGACGGAGGUGACGAUUGAGUCCUGCAGGAAGGUCAGCAAUGAGGGCCUGCAGACUCUUGCCAAGUGCUGUCUGAACCUGAAGUCUGUUUCGGUCAAGGACUGCCCUCUUGUUGGAGACCAAGGCAUUGCGGGUCUCGUCUCCAAUGCCUCCUUUGUGCUAACAAAACUGAAGCUUCAGGGACUGAAUGUGACUGAUCUGUCUCUUGCUGUGAUCGGACACUAUGGGAAGCAAGUAACUGAGUUAGUCCUUGAGAAUCUUAGUAAUGUGAGCGAGAGAGGCUUCUGGGUGAUGGGAAAUGGCCAUGGAUUGCAGAAAUUGAGGUCUCUUUCUGUCUCUUCCUGCCAGGGAGUGACUGAUCUUGGGUUUGAUUCCAUUGCGAAAGGCUGCCCAAACCUCAAACAGCUCAGUGUCAGAAGGUGCUCCGUGUUGUCUGACAAUGGGCUUGUCUCGUUUGCUAAGUCGGCAGUGUCCCUCGAGAAGCUCCAUUUGGAGGAGUGUCACAGGGUUACCCAGUAUGGGCUUUUUGGCUCGAUCAUAAGCUCUCGGGAAACCCUGAAGACUCUAUCUGUUGUGAACUGCUUUGGCGUUAAGGACUUUGACAGUUCCCCUCCGGUAGUUCCUUCCUGUGAGUCCCUGCGCUCCCUGUCCAUCAAGAACUGCCCUGGGUUUGGCGAUUCCAACCUUGUUAUUUUGGGAAAGAUCUGCCCUCGCCUGCAGAAUUUAGACCUCAGUGGGCUCUGCGGGAUAACUGAUUCGGGCCUCCUCCCACUCUCUGAGAGCUGUGAGGAUGGCCUCACUAGGGUUAACAUCAGCGGAUGCGUCAACCUCACAGACGAGGCUGUCACUGCUCUGUGCAGGAACCAUGGGUGGGGCCUCGAGGUCCUCAACCUCGACUCUUGUCCCAAGAUCGGGGAUAGGAGCUUGGGAGCAAUCUCUGAGAACUGCCAGCUCCUCAACGAUCUCGAUGUCUCAAAUUCUGCAGUCUCCGAUCUCGGGAUGGCAGCAUUGUCUCGUGGCGACCACCUCAACCUCCAGAUACUUUCCGUAGCUGGUUGCCACAUUUCUGACAAGUCCCUGCCGGCCCUGAAGAAGUUGGGCAAGUCUCUUGUGGGUCUGAAUCUGCAGCACUGCAAUGGGAUCAGCCGCCGCUCAGUUAACCGUCUUGUUGAGCAGCUUUGGAAGUGCGACAUCCUCUACUGAGAAUCCCUCAGUAAGGUAUAAAAUUUUUUUUUAAAAAAAGUUUGCGUUCUCGUCUUUUUGGGUCCAUAGGGGUGAUAUGGGUCUUUCCGAGUCUGGUCCACAUCCAUUACUUGGUUCUCUUUUUCCAGGGCAAAGGAUGGCCUGUUUUUGCGAGUUUCAUUGAGGGAACUCGUUACUAGUUUACUUCGACCCCACCAUUGAACGGGGUUGGAGAUUUUGGGCUACCUUUUCCCUGAGAAUUUAGCGACCAUGUUCUGGAGAUUGGUUAGUUUGUGUACACUUUGUUGGCCUAGCCGUCUUUCUCGCGUUUUUUUCGAACCCCAACUGGGUCCAUCAUGCGAUUAGGUCGGGUCUUUGGUCUUAUCUUUUCCUCAAAAGGCAGCAGUUAGUAGUCGAAGUGUUUGUGUGCUGUGGUCACAUUCUGCAGUUCCAAGUCGGGAUACCUCGUGUUUUCACAGGCUUUGGUGGUGGCAGAGCGAGUUAUCGACCGAUCUGCCAUGACGACCUCCGAAUUCGGGGUUGUUUUUUUGUUUUACCGAAGUCCUUUUUCCGGGAUUCUCCGAGGAAACUGUAGAUUGUGAUCUUAAUGUAAUAUCGUAAUCUUUCUAAGUUUGGAUGCUGCGGCCCUUGGUGGUUGGUUUGUAUGAACCUUCUGUCUUAUGAAAAUAUGUUAUGAUAAAUAAAUAAAUAAAAAUGUGUCCUUUUGUAAAAUUAGCUUUA